AUGGACAACGACGAGUAUCUGCGACUGAGAGAGCGGACGGCCGACGACCGCCUAGCUCCUCGAACCGAGCGCUCUGCUAGACCUCCCUCGAUCUAUGCCAGUGUGCCGCGUCAUGCCAAUGCUCCGAUCGACUAUGGUGACGAAGGCUACGAAUAUACCAAACCGAGCGACCUCGCCCGAAGUCGUGAGGAUGAACUGGUACAGCGAGAGCUGCGGGACCGAGAUCGGGAUCGUGACUAUUUCCAUGAUGAGAGCAUUACGAGUCGUGGAUUCGGUCUGCGAACAGAUCUUGAACCGAAACGCGACGAAUACGAGUACCGUCGUGACGCGGAUCUUCGCGAGCGUGAACGGGAUGACCGAGCUCCCGCCCGCGAGCGUCGCGAAGAGCAACGCCGCGAAGUUCGCAGAGACCCCGAAGAUCGUGAGCCAAGGCGCCGGUCCGAUGAGGACCUGGACCGCAUCGUUGCUCGAGACGAGCGCAAAGACGCUGACCGGGACCGUGACCGAGACAGGGAGCGGGAUAGAGAUCGCAAAUCGCGAGACACGGUUGUCCGAAAGGAUGAUGAUCGUCCGGAGAGGAAGAGCAGUAAAGACGAUGCUGCUCGCGUUGAAGAUGAUCGUGACAAGGGUAAAGUACGCGAGAAGCUCGCUACCGGCCUGGGUAUCGCUGCAAGCGCGAUAGGUCUUGGGCCAGCCUUGAAAGACAAGGAGAAGGAUAAAGAUAAGGAUGAUAAGGAUGAUGAUAUCCCAAAGAGACGAAAGGACGUCGACGAUGACCGAAGACGAGAGAUCGAGAUUGUUGAGGCCCCGGACUCCCGCACAGCCGAUCGUUACAAAUCUCGUCCUGAAGUUGAUGAGAGGAAGGUUCGUGACGUUGUAGAAGACAUACCUGUACGAUCACGUACCGAUCGGGACGAAGACGACAUCAGAGAGCGAAACAGGCGCGAUGCUGAAGCUAAGCUCAAUGGAGACUCAGUCGAGCCCUCGCCCCGUGAAGGCAACUCCUCAUCCGAGGAGGGUAGGACUCCACGUGUGAGAAGAAAACGGCACUCUUCUGCGUUCAAGCCCACUGAUACGGCGGGGCUGCUCGCUCUCAAGGAGCAAAUGAAGGCAAUGGAAGCCUCCGAAAAGCAGAAAGACCGUCCAGUCAUCAAGGAACCGUCUCCUGAACGCAGAAGCCCGCCAUCAUCAUCCAAGCGAAGCUCCUUCGAAGCUCCACCCAGCGCCCUCAAAGACGAGUCACGGGGUCGCGAACUGAUGAUCCCGGGUUCCGAAGAAAGGCAGGUUCGCAUCUUAUCGCCUCCUCGUGACAAAGACGACAAGAAGCCGGUCAAGGGUAUCCUAAAGCAGCCUAAGACGCAGUUCCCUGAGGAGCCCAACCCGGUACGAGAAGGGGUCGCACCACACAAAGAUGACAAAACCAAGGCCAACGUGCCUCCUGGGGCUAGGUGGACAAAAAUCAGCCGAAAGCUUGUCAACCCCGAGGCUCUCACCAUUGGCAAGGAGAGAUUCGAGGUGCGAGACGACUUUGUAAUCGUCCUCCGAGUGUUGAGCCGGGAAGAGAUCCAGGCUUAUACCGCAGCUACAGCACAACUAAGAGAAAUGAGACGCAAGGAAUAUGAGAAAGACGUCGACGACGAGGAAGAGGGCCGGCGACGCGCCCACCGCUCGCACCGCCGAGACCCACGCGAUGAAGAGGAGGACGAGAGACGCUACCGUGAGGAGCGUGAUCGGGGCGACCGGGACCGCGACCGAGACCGUGAGAGGGACCGGGACCGCGGCGAUAGGGAUCGCGACCGGGACAGGAAGGAGGACAGGCAUCGACGCCAUCGCCACCACGAUGACGACGAUGAUGUCGAGUCGUCGAGGCCGAGGACGAUUGAGUAUUAUGACGAUGGCCACAGGCACUCUCACAGACACCGAGACAAGGAUCGUGAUGCCGUUGCUAAAAUUGCAGGCGUUCGACAUCAGGAUGUCCAUAUCUAUUAA